GUGGGUGGUUUGAUUAGAAAUUUUAUCCCAUUUUUCAUAAGAAAUUUUAGCCUUAUAGUGUAGAAAAUAAUUUUCUAAUUAACAAAAUAAUAACUAACGUUCUUUUAAUUUAUCUAGAAAAUUGAAUUUUUAAAUUAUAUUUUGUUGAAAUCGUAUAAUUUCAGAUAUAUUUUACGUGACGUCAGAUUGUUGAGGUUAUGCUGCUUGAUAUAUUGUGUUUAGAUUUUCUUUUCUAUAUUCUCUCUAAAGGAAAAAAAAAUGUUUCGAAUAUUCGUUCUUUAGUGUGUUUUAUUUAUUUUCCAAAAUUAUGAGUGAACAAAGAAGAUUAACAUCAAUAAAAAUUAUUUAUUGAAAAGAAAUAUGUUGAUUGGAAUACGACGAAAAGUGUUUAUAAAAGUUCAAUCUUGAUUCAUUUUAUUACAAUGAUGGGCAUUUUGUAUGAAAAACGGCCCCUAAAAAGGCCAAGAUUGGGCCCACCCGAUGUUUAUCCACAAGAACCGAGGCAAAAAGAAGAUGAAUUAACAUCUGUUAAUGUCAAACAUGGAUUUUCGACAAUGCCCCAAUUAUCCGAUGAAUUUGGAACUGCUCGACAUUGCAGUGUCACUGCUGCUAAAGUUGGAGCUUAUUUCAAUGGUAUUUUGGCGAGGAAAGAAGAAUUGGCCACAAUGCCCGAUACGGGACGAAAGAAACAACAAAUUAAUCCUAAAGAUAAUUUUUGGCCCGUCACUGCGAGAACGAAAAAUGGAAUUGAAGCUUGGUUUAAGGAUUUGUCGGGUUCAAAGCCACUUGUCACACUUGCAAAGAAAGCGCCGAAUUUUAAUAAAAAAGAAGAGAUAUUCAUGAUGCUUUGUGAAUAUCAAGUUCCAAUGCUUCGUGCCGCUUGGUUCAUUAAACUCAGUUCUGCUUAUACGGUUGCUGUAUCGGAGGCGAAAAUUAAAAAGCGACAAUUACCCGAUCCUACAACAGAAUGGAGUGGAACGUUAAUAAAAUUUCUCAAAGAUCAAUUAUCGAAAAUUCAUGAAUGGUAUCAUUUGGGUAAUUCAACGGUAAAUACGACAAAUAGUAAUGGAACGACAAAUGGCUCGUGCAGUAGUAGUACGCCAAAUAGUGCCGUUACUACUAAUACGACAACAACAACAACAACAAAUGGAUCUGCUAUUAAUCAACCGCCAACGCCAAAUUCUCAAACAAUAGCAGCAGCAGCAACAACAACAACAACAACGACGACGACAACGACAACAAAUACAGUGAUGAACGAUGAACAUAAAUUGGCACUUAAACAAUGGCAUUAUUGUACAAUGUUGGCAAAAUAUAUGUUUGAAGAGGGACUUCUUGAUAGACAGGAAUUUUUACAAUGGAUCUUGGAGUUAUUGGAUAAAAUGAAGAAUGUUCCUACAGACGAUGGAAUUUUGAAACUUUUACUGCCACUUGCUUUACAGUAUUUGGAAGAAUUCGUACAAUCCGAAUUGCUCGCUAGACGACUCGCUUUUUUGUGUUGCAAAAAAAUUGCCCAUAUGUGCAGUAAUGUUGACACAACAUUUAAUCCUCAAAGUCCGUGCAUUACUCCUUUAAAGACGGAAAUUAUUGGAAAAGACGCUGUUGCACCGGCGUCGACAACUGCUGUCAAUCCAUUGACAACUGCUUUUAACGAUUAUCUCUCGUGUCCGCAUCAUAGGGAUAUAAUUUAUGAACUCUCAGCAAUAAUACAAGCAAUAACUUUAGAAUGUCCGACUGCCCUUGUUUGGAAUAUUGUUGGCGAGGGAAAAUCGCCCUCGGUUUUAAAUGGAUCGCCACUUGAUCAUUUGCCAUGUCCACCAGCGGCAUUGCCAUGUCCACCGGCAAGUUCCACAGAUCCAACAAUGAAACAAUUGCGAUUCGCUCAGGAAAAUAUACGUGCACGUUCGCAAGCAGCCGAGAGUCGUUGGUCGUGUGAUAAAUGGCAGCAAAGUAGCGCCGGUAUGACAACAACAAAAGUUCUUGCCGCACUCGAUGCAUUGGAUCGUCAUAGUUUCGAUCGUAUGGAUCAAGCGAAUUCUCUCGAUACACUUUAUGGGAAAAUAUUUAUAUUGCCGCCACCAAAAGAAGUGACGACAAAUAAUGAACGAGAUACAAAGACUGAUUAUAAUCCACAGCAGGAUUCGGCAAUUAUUGAAAUUCUCUGCGAAUGGGCAGUGAGUGCUGAACGAUGGGGUGAACAUAGAGCAAUGGCAGUUGCGAAAUUAUUAGAGAAAAGACAGAGUGAAGCGUCGGGGGAGAAUAAUGAUAAUGAUGAUAAGGACAGUGUUUGCAGUAAUGGCACGCCCCCGUCACUUCCCAUUUUUCAAUCGCUUCUCAUGAAGUUUUUGGAUACUGAUGCACCAAUUUUGGAUAAUAGCUCGGUACAAUCGAAAGCACAAUUUACGAAUUUGGUUCAUUUGUUUUCGGAAUUAAUAAGACAUGAUGUUUUUUCUCAUGAUGCUUAUAUGUGUACAUUGAUAUCGAGAGGGGAUUUAAUACAAGGACCGGUAGCCAGUAAGCCAAGUACGCCUAGUAAUCGUGAGACUAUGGACGAGGACAGCCUUUUUCCGGGUUUAGAAUUUAAAAAAUCAAACCAAGAAGUGCCUGAUUAUGGUAGAACAAUGGACUGCGAUGAUAGUAAAAUCGAUGACGAUCUUGAUAAACUUUUGCAACAUAUAAAAGAGGAUCAACAGAACAGUAUGGAUGCUCCAGAUAGUCCCAAAGAAGACGCAUUAGGAGGUCAUGGUCACGAAGGUCUCGAUACUAAAACCCCCUCCAGUCCCAGUAGACAUUUACUCUACACUACUCAUUUUCCACUUCCGCAGGAUGAAACGUGCAGUCAACACGAUUGUAAUCAACGGCAUGUACUUUUGUAUGGCGUUGGUCGUGUUCGUGACGAAGCACGUCAUGUUGUCAAGAAAAUGACAAAAGAAGUUUGUAAAUUAUUUGGAAAGAAAUUCAGCAUUGACGUUGCCGAGGGUGGUAAAGUGAAGAAACAUUCACGAAAUGAAUUUAAUUUCGAAGCAAUAACGCAAAAAUUUCAAAAUCUCAGCUACUUUGAUCAGCACGUUGUCACGUGGCAAUGCGCAACGCAAGUCGUUGAAAUGCUUAAUACAUUCGCCGUUUCCGCCUCAUCUUAUUUACCAGUUCAAGAACACGUUGCAUUUCUCUUUGAUCUGAUGGAACUUGCACUAAAUAUUUAUGGUCUGAUUGAUAUUUGCAUUCAACUAUUGAAAGAAUUGCCCGAAGUUGAAGCUCAAUUGACAACGAGAAAUAGUACACUAGUCAGAAGUUAUACGACAAGUUUGAGUCUCUAUGUUGUUGGUGUUUUGAGGAGAUAUCAUUGUUGCUUGUUAUUGUCCCCUGAGCAGUCGACAGUGGUGUUCGAUUUACUCUGCAAAGUUGUGAAGCACGUUUCGAAUCCAAGUGAUUGCAGUUCUGCGGAGCGUUGCGUUUUGGCGCAUCUUUACGAUUUGUAUUCGAGUUGUUCGCUAUUGAAGACAAAGCCACACGGCGUGGAGGCAUUUAAUAAUGCACAUCCGAAAAUUCGUUUGGCACUCUACAGUGCAUUGCAACCGACCCCCUCGAAUCAUGUCUAUAAUUCUCAAUUUAUGGUUGACGUGUUUAAUAGUCCAAGAAGAGGUGGUAAAAUUGAGCAGCAAUGGGCUAAAUUAUUGAAUGAAACGCCGGCGAAUCGUUACAGUUUCGUUUGCAAUGCAAUUGUGGCUGUUUGCAGUGAAUUAGAUAAUGAUAAAUUGAAUGACAUUGCAAUUACUUGCGCGGAAUUAACGGCGUGUUGCAAUGCCCUAAGUGCCGAGUGGCUCGGUGUUCUAAUGGCUCUAUGCUCUUCCUCGAGUAGUUCUACAUUUUACAUUGACGUAUUGAAUCAAGUUGACGUUCAAGAUUUGAGUCUUCAUAAUUCGCUUGCUGUAUUUACAUCUAUUUUAAUAGCGAGACAUUGUUUUUCACUGGAAGAUUUUUUGCUUCAUGUGGCUUUACCGUGUUUGGUGAAGACCUGCAAUGAGGGUCGCGGUGAUGCGGACACUGAAGCUGAGGCAGGAGCGCGAUUAACAUGCCAUUUACUUUUGAGACUGUUUAAAACAAGUGAAUGUCCACAGCCGGCUUUAUAUUCGGUCAGUACAAGUCCACAUCCUCUGCCCAGUGGAAAUCCACGUGGUUACAGUAUAAAAUUGAGUUGUGAUCGACAUUUAUUGGCAGCGGCGCACAAUAAUAUUAAAGUUGGCCCCGUUUUGGCGGUGCUCAAGGCUAUUUUGGUUGUUGGUGACGCUACUGCUGGCAAACAACCGCCAAAGAAACCCGACGUACCAUUGACACACUCGGGUAAAGCCGGUGGUCCCGGCAGUGUUGGUGUGUCGGGCACUGGUCCCGGUGAAUUGUCCAUAAGUCAUAUUCUCGGCACCAGCGAUAUUCUCGGUGGUGGCGAUGAUCUUGGUCUUGAUAUUGCAAUGUCAUCGUCGAAUAGCAGCGCGGGAAUAACGGCGGAGAGCGUGAAGGGUCUCUCAGAUUUUGCUCAACAUGUUUUGCGGCAAAUAUGCAGUCAGGAAUGGGUGCUGGAGAGAUGUCUGCAGAAUCCAGAGGAAUUGUGUCAUCCGGGAAUGUUGCUCGACGAUGUAUUGACGCCACGACAAGCGCAAAGACUCUUGCACAUGAUUUGCUAUCCGCAUACAUCGUCGGACGCAUUUUUAGAUCAGAAGACGCAUAUUACGAAUAUUUUGGAGAAUCUCGAGCAAUGGAGUUUGAGAAUGUCAUGGUUGGACCUGCAGCUUAUGUACAAGCAAUUUCCACCAAAUUCGAAUGAUUUGCUACAGUGGCUCGAUACGGUGGCAAAAGCGGCAAUUGAUGUCUUCCAAUUGAAUAAUGUGUCGGGGAAGUCGGACAAAAAAUCGGGAUCAAUUUGGUUGGUUGCGCCGUUAGUAUCGAAACUUCCCAGUCCGGUGCAAGGACGUGUUUUAAAAGUUGCCGGUCAAGUCUUAGAAUCGGGUAAUUGGUCGAAAACGGCGAAUAGAGAACGUGGAAGAUCAAAGUCGCCUUCGCUUUUUAAUCAUCAGCCUUUUUUGUCUCUUGUAUUGACGUGCCUCAAAGGUCAGGAUGAUCAACGAGAGGGAUUAUUGACGUCCCUGCAUUCGCAAUUGUCACAAUUUUUAAGUACAAGUAAAGAGGAGAAAAAUAUCGGAGCCGAGGAUCCGAAGACAAGGGAAGUUGUACAGGAUGCAUUGCAAUUGAGAUUUAGUCUCGUGGGCGGUGUCUUUGAUACGAUUCAACGUAACACUACUGUCACGACCGAUUGGGCAAUUUUAUUGGUUCAAUUGGUAAGUUACGGGGUGAUUGAUUUAAAUAAUAAUUCCGAACUCUUUACCACAGUGAUCGAUAUGUUGGCGACUUUGAUACAUUCCACUCUUGUGUCCGAUUCACAAUCAGAGAAGGAUGAAAAUAAAAAACACUAUCAGAAUUUAAUGAAAAAAUUGAAAAAAGAAUUAGGUGAUAGAAAUUCACAAAGUAUUCAAUUUGUUAGACAAUUACUUCCUUUGCAAAAAUUGACAAUUGAAGUGAUUGCUUGUGAACCGGUUGGAUGUUUAACGGAUACGAAGGGGAAUAAAAUUACCGGAUUUGAUAGUAUCGACAAAAAGCAGGGACUGCAAGUUUGUGAUUCGCAAAAGGUAUCAGCUUGGGAAUUAUUGGAGGGCCAUAAGAAUCCUGCUCCCCUCUCUUGGUCUUGGUUUAGAGCUGUGAAAAUUGAAAGGAAACCGUUGACUUAUGAGAUGGCGCACAAACUUCUUCGUUAUCACACUCACAGUCAGACGAGGGCGUCGAGUUACUAUUUGGAGCCGCCGCCACUGCCUCCCGAGGAUCUUGAACCAGACAAAAAGGAAUCAGAAUCCGGUAAGGCUGACACACCAAUGAGUAUCGAUUCUCCGGGACGAAUUGGUAGUACAAAUGGUGUUAUUGGUGCAGCUGCAGGUGGUGUCGGGAAGGGAAAAGCCAUGAAAACGAAAAGAAAUCGAAGAAUCAAGGGAUCUGUCACGCCAACUGCAACGAUACCUCAACAAUUGCAGCCACAAGGUCAAACACAAAUACCACAAAUGCCGUAUGGAAAUCAACAACCACAAGUUACGCCACAACAGGGAAUGUUCACGGGACAAGCACCGCAACCACAGCAAAAUUGGUAUCCCAAUCAACAGGGCCAUACGGCGCCUCAACAAUACGGCUAUGGUCAACAAUUACCACCAGCUGUCACUGGUCAACGUUACGAUCGUCCGGGAAUGAAUAAUCAAUCGAAGCAAGCACUCUCGAAUAUGCUCCGUCUGCGAAUGCCUUCGACACAAUAUAUGGGUGCGCAACAACAGCCAAAUCCACCUUCCGUUGGUCCUGCCGGUUUUCAGGGUAUGCAACGGCAGCAAUUCAUUAGACAACAACUCAGGGCGCAGCACAGCGCCGCGACGAUGAAUCCUCAACAGACAAUGUUUAAUCCCCAACAACAGCAGACACAACAACAAGGAAUGUAUACCGGAAUGCAGCAAGGUGUUGGAGGAAUGGCUCAGAACUAUGGAGGCUAUGGCAGUCAACAAAUGCUUGCCCAACAACCACAGCAACAACCUCAACAAGUGCAGCAACAACAGCAACAACAGCAAAUUCUACAACAGCAGCAACAGGGAAUGAUAUCGCAGCAACAACAAAAUAUGCUGUUCCAGAAUCAACAAAUGUUAGGCGCACAAAGAGGUCAGGAAUAUCUUCAACAGCAAAGAAUGCAACAAACUGCAACGAGGCCUCCUUACCUACAAACACCAAAUGUGACAAUGAAUACUAUGGGUUCAAUGGGCGGAAAUGUUCAAAAUCAACCAGCACCACCUUAUAGGCAAACAGGAGGUAAACCUGGGGCUGUUGGUGUUUCCGGAGUUGGAUCAACUAACGUUGGCUUACAGUCGAAUCAGCAUCUACAACAAUUGGCAUUGAAUCAACGCUACCGGCAACAACAGCAACAGCAACAAAUGUUAGUUAAUAUGCAACAUCAUCAACAAUCACAGCAACAGCAAGUACAACAACAACAGAGUAGCAAUGUAGGUCAACAACAAACUCCCCAAUUAGUGGCGCACCUUCAGCGAAAUUUAAAUCAACCUCCACAACAUCCUUAUCAUAAUCAGCAUCAACCUCCACCAUAUUAAGACAAAAGAAAAAAAAACCACAAAUAUAGAAUGCCUUGUAAAUUGCGUAGAAGUAUUUCGAAUUGGAGAUACGUAAGUAAUUCUUUUUUACAUUGUGUGAAAAGAAUCUUUUCAACAAUUUUUUUUCUUCAAAAUACACGUGUCAAUGCACGUGGAAAACGGGAA